GAUUGGCUGCGGCUGAGCGCGAGAGCGGAGCGCGCGCGCAGGCCGCUUCCCCGCGGGGCACCCCGGCUCCAUAAAGGCGGCGCGCGAAGCCCCCGACCUCCUCCCCCACCGCGGCCAUGUCGGUGUCCCCGGUGAAGCGGCAGAAGAUGGAGUCGGCGCUGGACCAGCUCAAGCACCACACCACGGUGGUGGCCGACAGCGGGGACUUCAACGCAAUUGAUGAGUACAAGCCCCUAGAUGCCACUACAAACCCAUCUCUCAUACUAGCUGCUGCUCAGAUGCCAGUUUACCAGAAACUUGUGGAUGAUGCAGUUGAGUAUGGAAAAAAACUUGGUGGGUCACAAGAUGAGCAGAUCAAAAAUGCUUCUGACAAACUUUUUGUGUUAUUCGGAGCUGAAAUAUUGAAGAGGAUACCUGGCCGUGUGUCCACAGAAGUAGAUGCAAGGUUGUCCUUUGAUAAGGAAGGAAUGAUUCAGAGGGCCCGGCGCCUYAUUGACCUCUAUAAGGAAGCAGGAAUUGGUAAAGAUCGUAUUCUCAUAAAGCUCUCAUCCACGUGGGAAGGGAUCCAGGCUGGCAAGGUUCUGGAAGAGGAGUAUGGGAUUCACUGCAACAUGACCUUGUUGUUCUCCUUUGCUCAGGCAGUUGCCUGUGCUGAAGCUGGUGUUACUCUGAUAUCCCCAUUUGUAGGACGUAUCCUGGACUGGUAUGUUGCAAAUGGGGAUAAGAAAGCCUACGAGCCCUCAGAGGAUCCAGGUGUGAAGAGUGUCACUAAGAUCUAUAAUUACUACAAAAAGUUUGGCUACAAAACUAUUGUGAUGGGUGCUUCAUUUCGAAAUACAGGAGAAAUAAAAGCACUUGCAGGUUGUGACUAUCUCACCAUUUCACCCAAGCUCUUGGCAGAGCUCAGCAAAGAAUAUGUCAAGUUAACUCCUGCACUCAGUGUUAAAGAUGCUCAGGCUUGUGAUCUUGAGAAGAUCCACUUGGAUGAGAAAACAUUCCGCUGGCACCACAAUGAAGACCAAAUGGCCGUGGAGAAGCUGUCAGAUGGGAUCAGAAAAUUUGCUGCUGAUGCAGUUAAACUGGAGCAAAUGUUAAAGGAGCGAAUGUUCAGUGCUGAAAAUGGAAAAUAAGCAAAUCAUCAUUUUCCUGGCUGGUCACAACUGAAUGAGUGGAUCAUUUGAAAUUAAGUGGAUGUACAAAUGUCUUACCUGUAAAAGUCUUAUGCUAUAUAUUGAUAGAUUUCUGUAUUAUGCUUUUUUUAAUCAGUUUGCAAAGGGACAAAAAAAAUCAAUUUUUGUGGUACUCUUGUCAAUACACUCAAAUUAACACAUUUUUCUUGUAAUGUGAUCAUUUCAYUAUAUGUAAUGCCAGUGCAUUACAGAAUUAGGAAACGGCCUCUAAAGCAGUUGAUUAAUAACUGAGAGUUGUUAUUCCUGAGAUGCUGGAAUGAGCAUGUGAAUAUGAUUCAGGAUAGCUACAGCUUUGGGUCUUUUCUUGGAACAAGUUGCUGUGUUGCUUUAAGGCACAGUCAUAAAUGCUGCCAACUCCUCCAUAUCAACCAAGUUCCCUUUUAAAACUCUGUAUUACCCUCCCCACCUGCCCCUGCCUUUUCUCUUUGAGCUUAUUCCUUCCCAAAAAGGGGAAGCUUAAGCUGUGGGGCAGUCUCACCCUGAGGAAUGACCUAAUCAUGAUGUCAAUUCCUUGAGUUUCUAUAGGGAAGCAUCCACUUGCCUUUUGUGCUGCAUUUGAUUAGCACUAAUUAAAUCUGUCUCAUAAUAGGUCCAAUUUUGUCAAGAGUAGAUAAAAGGUUCUGUUUAUAUGACACAAUUACUUAUUUCCUGAUGAAGCUGUCUGACUUUAGCCUCCUAAAUGUUUAGGUUUUUAGGCUAUGUAUUUAUCACUCAAGCUCACAUAAUACAAGAAAAAUAAGUCAGGGAAACAGCUUAGUAAUGUUGGCAUUACUUGAAAUGUAAAACCUUGAAAUUAGUUACUUUCUAGUACAGGUAGGUGAAAUUCUCCUGUGAUAUGUGCUAAAAUCGAGGAGUAUAAGUGCAGGACUG